AUGGCGUCGAUCAGUUUUGAGGAUAAACUUCAACCACUAGCAAUCAUCGGACUCUCCUUCAAGUUUCCGCAGGAUGCGACCUCUUCUCAGGCCUUCUGGGACAUGCUGGUCCACGGAAGAUGUGCGUCGACGGAAUUUCCCACCAGCCGAAUGACCAUCGAAUCCCACCAUCACCCAGACCGAGACCGACUAGACACCAUCUCUCCCCGUGGUGGACAUUUUAUCUCCGAAGAUCUCGGCGCUUUCGAUGCACCGUUUUUCGGUAUUAGUGGACCGGAGGCCGAGGCCAUGGAUCCCCAGCAGCGUCUCGCUUUGGAGACGGCCUACCGAGCGUUCGAAAGUGCGGGACUCCCACUUGAAGCUAUUGCGGGUUCUAAAACAAGCGUUGUUGCCGGUUCUUUCUGCGACGAUUACCAUAUGUUGCAGGUCAAAGACCCGCUGAAUGUCAGCAAGCAUAAUGCUACAGGAAAUGCGAGGAACAUGAUUUCUAAUCGUCUGAGUUGGUUUUUUGAUCUCCAUGGCCCGAGUGCCACGGUUGACACUGCCUGCUCAAGUAGUUUGAUUGCGUUGGACAUGGCGUGUCAGUCUAUAUGGGGCGGGGAUGCUACAAUGGGCCUCGCAGUUGGGUGCAACGUUAUGGUUGCGCCUGAAAUGACUAUUGGGCUAGACAACCUAGGUCUCCUGUCUCGCGACAGCCGCAGCUAUAGUUUUGACGAUCAAGCCAAUGGAUAUGCCAGGGGAGAAGGAAUCGGCGCACUGGUGAUCAAACCAUUAAAAGACGCUGUAAGCGAUGGUGAUACAGUCAGGGCUGUUAUCCGAUCGUCAAGCUCCAAUCAGGAUGGAAAAACACCUGGCAUCCUGCAGCCGAGCAAAGAGGCUCAAAUGCGUUUGAUCUACGACACGUAUAGUAAGGCGGGUCUAGACAUGGCGGCUACGAGAUAUUUUGAAGCACAUGGCACAGGAACACCUAUUGGUGACCCGAUUGAGAUUCGAGGUAUAGGAUCCGCGUUCCGUAAAUAUCGCUCGAAGGAGGAGCCAUUAUACGUGGGAUCUGUCAAGUCAAACAUCGGACACCUGGAGGGAGCUAGUGGUAUUGCAGGUGUGAUAAAGACGAUCCUGGCACUCGAGAAAGGGAUUAUACCACCCAAUAGUGAGAAUUUGCGAAGGAUCAAUCCUCAAAUAGACGAAGAGUUCUUUCACAUUAAGAUACCACAACAAGCUGUGCCUUGGCCGACUGAUGGACUGCGAAGAGCGUCUGUCAGCUCCUUUGGCUUUGGUGGAGCUAAUUGCAGUGUCGUUCUUGAUGAUGCAUACAAUUCACUACGUCUUCGAGGGAUGGAGGACGGAAAGCACCAAACGGCAAUUACCCCUCCACAACCUGAAACAAUCCACGAUGCUCUAGAUGACCGAUUUGGGGACAAAAGUGGUACUUUAGAAAACUGUGCCAUCAUUAACGACGAGGAAUCGAGUGGGGAAGACCAAUCAACGCUGCUUGUCUGGUCGUCUGGGGACGAAGAUGGGAUUAAUCGCACAAGAGAAUCUUGGGAGACAUACUUGUCUAACCUAGCUAUUCCAAAUUCUGAGAAGGGAUAUGCACAGAACCUGGCACACACACUUGCAUCGAGACGGAGUCACCUGAAAUGGAGAUCUUUUGCCAUCGCUGACCCAAAAAAACGCCCCAAGAGCCUUGCUGGCGAAUUUUCCCCUGCGACAAGGUCCAAUUCGUCUCCGAGAGUCGCUUUCAUAUUUACUGGGCAAGGUGCACAAUGGUAUGCCAUGGGUCGUGAACUCAUUGCCAGAUACGAGAUUUUCAGAAACACCCUAGCGGAGGCAGGGAAAUAUUUGAAGACACUUGGUUGCCAUUGGGAUGUGCUGGACGAGAUGAAAAAGGCGAAGUCUGAAUCCAACGUCAACGAUCCUACCUACGGACAGUCCCUUUGCACAAUCGUUCAAAUUGGGCUUGUGGAUUUGCUUCGUAGUUGGAAUGUUGUGCCAUCCGCUGUCGUUGGCCAUUCUUCUGGGGAGAUAGCGGCCGCAUAUGCAGCGGGGGCUAUAUCAAAGAAUUCUGCCUUGAAGGUUUCGUACUACAGGGGCCUCCUAGCUGGCAGACUGGGUGAAACCAGUAAAUACAAAGGAUCGAUGCUUGCCGUUGGGCUCUCUGAAGCAGACAUUCGAGCCUAUUUAAACAAGCUUGAAGCAUCAUUUGGGUGUCUGCGACUAGUCGUUGCUUGUCUUAAUAGUUCCAAGAGCCUGACAAUAUCUGGCGAGACUGAACAGAUCGAAGCAUUACAUGACCUUCUUGAAAAGGACCAGGUAUUCGCAAGGAAAUUAAUGGUCAAUGUUGCAUACCACUCCUUCCAGAUGCAAGAGAUAGCAAGUGCUUACGAAGCCGCCAUUGGAAGCUUGGACACGCCCCUCCAGCGAACAGUGAUACUUAUGUUCUCUUCAGUCACGGGGGGAUUGAUUCACCGAGAAGAGCUAGCUACCCCAGGCUACUGGGUCAGAAACAUGGUAUCUCCAGUGCUGUUCGGCGAUGCGUUGACAAGUCUGUCUUCCCAACCAGCUAACGUGCUGCGCAAGAUUGACGGUAGCCAUCGUCUUUCCGUGACUGUCAGUCAUCUCGUGGAAAUUGGACCACAUGCUGCAUUGCAGGGGCCUUGCAGAGAUAUCUUGAAAGCGGUUAAGAAAGACAAAGAUAUUACCUACAUACCGUCGCUACGGCGCAAUGUCUCUGCGGUGAAGUGCAUUCUAGAUUGUGUUGGGCGCUUGCAUUGUGAGGGCUACGCGGUAGACCUGGGAGCUGUGAAUUCGCCUGGUGGGACAGGACAGUCUGAAGGCCUUCAAGUCUUAGCUGAUCUACCCGAAUAUCCGUUCGACCAUUCCAAAACAUAUUGGCAUGAGAGCAGACAGAGUAAGGGUUAUCGCUUCCGGAAGACUGGCCGACUAGAUCUGCUUGGAAUUCCGGAUGUCGAUGGAAAUCCAAUGGAAGCGCAUUGGAGGAAUAUCAUCAGGGUAUCAGAAAUGCCGUGGGUUCAAGAUCACAAAAUUAACAACGCAACUUUGUAUCCCGCUGCAGGAAUGAUGGUCAUGGCGAUUGAAGCGAUCAAACAACUAGCCGAACCAAACCGAAAUAUCGCCGGGUUUACCAUCAAAGAUUGCAAUUUUCUCUCACCGAUACAUAUCCCCACUCACUCGGAUGGGAUUGAGACAAAUAUUCAUGUUAAGCGAGUGAAGGAUGGCAAAUCUGACAGUUCAGGUUGGCAUGACUUUCGAAUCUGUUGCUACGACAAGGACACCUGGGUCGAGAAUUGCACUGGUUCCAUCCAAGUGAGCUAUGAGUCCAACGAGUCAGGGAUGAAUACAAAUGGUCGCGAGAAUGCAGAAUGGGACGCCUCUCUUAUGAGGACUUACCAAGAGGCCGCGCGGUCAUGUGCCGUGUCUGUUGAUACAACGAAGUUUUACGAGGAACUGAUCGAAUAUGGAUAUCAGUACGGUCCAGCUUUUGCCGCCAUUACAUCUUUGACUCGGAACAAUGCUAGCAGCCAAGAUAUCGUCUCUACGAUUCGCACAUUCGUUGGAAACAGCGCAAAGGACUCGCAAGUCGUGCAGCCUCACACAAUUCAUCCUACUACGUUAGACGCUGUCAUUCACAUGAUGACCGCAAUGGUCAUAGAAGUUGCAGGACAGGAAGAAUCCGUCGCUGUUCCUACCCAUAUAGAAAAACUCUGGAUAUCCAACUCGGGAGGCCUGAGCUAUCCGCAUGCACACGCAAUUAAGGCUUAUGCCAACUCGGAUGGUACAACUGUGACCGAUUCUCGAUACACGAUGGUUGCGUUUGAUGAGGGCCUCACCAAGUCCCUGCUGAAUCUAGAAGGGUUAAGGGUUAAUAAUAUCGCAAACUCAGCUGAGCGGAAUCCUGAAGGUGAUUUCCUUGCGGAUAAUCUUUGCCACCAUGUUGAAUGGAAGCCGGAUAUAGACCUUCUCAACAACGUUGAGACAAACGUUUUCUGCUCGAGGACUGAGCUGCAGAGCGAUGAGCCAGUUGAUGCUUUUACAGAACUCGAUUUCCUUGUCUCGGCCUAUGUGAGCAAGGUUCCUGCAUCUGCUCUAGAGAAAGCGAAGAUGAUCGGCUCGCCGCACAUGAUAAAGUAUGCAGAGUGGAUAGCUAGACAGCAGAAUAUCUUAAAUUCUGGCCAAUCUGCUUUCAACUCACAAGCUUGGAGGACCCGCAUGGAAGAUGCAUCCUUUAUGAACUCCCUUCAUAAGCGGCUUGAACAGGGAAGUAAACGAGGUCUACUGACGAGCAUUGUCGGCAAGAACCUAAUGCAGUUCGUAUCUGGGGAGAGGGACCCAGUCAGUGUUCUUUUCGAAGGAAACUUGCUCCAAGACACUUAUUUCGAGAUGGUCUUUGAUCUUCCCAAGAUAGGGCAAAUGGCAAAGUACAUUGACGCACUUGCCCACAAAAACCCAGCAAUGAAAUUCAUAGAACUCGGCGCAGGAAGUGGAGCAAUGACCGACUUCUGUAUGAAGACACUGACUACAGAUGAUGAUGGUCAAACAAAGCCAUCUCGUUACAAACAAUGGGACUUCACAGACCUAUCGAGCUCUUUCUUUCCCCAAGCGCAAGACCUAUUUGCAGCUCAAGGCGAGAAAAUGCGAUUCAUGACCCUGGACAUUGAGCAGGACCCAGUAAUUCAAGGGUUCGAAUGUGGCACGUACGAUGUUGUUGUUGCGUUUCUUGUCGUCCAUGCCACAGAGAACUUGUCUGUUAGUCUCAAAAAUGCUCGGAAGUUGCUAAAGCCAGGCGGAAAGUUCCUCUUAUUUGAGAUUACUAGGCUCGGUGCCAUUCGGACCACCUUCGUCUUUGGACUUUUCGAUGGAUGGUGGCGAGGCCAAGAAACAUAUCGCACUAUAAAUCCCUGCGUAGAUGAAACAAAAUGGGACGAGCUGCUCAAAGAAGCUGGUUAUUCGGGUUGCGACGUCGUCAUCACCGAUUACAAUGACGAACGUUGUCAUGAAUGCAGUAUGAUUGUUUCAACUGCCGUUAUUGAAGAGCCAACGCGCCCAAGUCAACCCUCAGUCAACAUCAUAUUGAAUCCACUGAGCCCCGUCCAAUUGCAAUUGGCGGACAAGUUUUCUGGGUUACUUCAAAAUGCUGGAAUGGAUAACCUCACGCAACUUACAUUCCAGGAUUGCCUGACUAACCAAAUAGCACCUGAUGCGUUGAGCCUCUGUCUACUCGAAAUCCAAGACAAGUUUCUUUAUGAUAUAAAUGAGUUUGAUUUUAUCAACUUCCGCGACCUCUUGACACAUACGAGGAAUCUGCUCUGGGUCAAUGGAGGAGGCGGUCAUCAGCCAAAUCCAAAGUUCCGACUGAUUGAUGGACUCUUUCGGGUUAUCAGUGAUGAGAACCAGAGUACAAGAUUGACCAUUUUGUCCCUUGAACCUAGAUCUACUGUGGAGCGUCAAGCACAACAGAUCCUCAAGAUAGCCACCUCUAUUUUGGGAGACCUGGACAGGCACCUUGAUACUGAGUAUAUCGAGAUGGAUGGAAUGCUUCACGUUGGACGCUUGGUGCAUGCAAGCUCCCUGAAUCAGGAGGUUGCUACAAAGAAGCUUCCCCAGAAAACAGAGCCACGGACUUUUGGCGGAGAUCUUCCCCUACGGCUUGAAGUGGGCACUCCGGGCUUGCUCAAUACACUGCACUUUGUCGAAGACAAAAGGUUGCAGGCGACUCUGAAGCCGAAUGAAAUUGAAAUUAGGUCCAAGGCAGUGGGGCUGAACUUCCGCGAUGUACUGAUCGCGCUGGGAAGACUGAACAGCAAUACCCUCGGGGGCGAGUUUGCCGGUGAGAUAACGCGAGUCGGAGACGAGUGCCACAAGUUCAAACCUGGUGACCGAGUGGUGGUGUACCAUCCCAGCCACUAUGCCAACUACGUCCGGGUGCGCGAAGACAUGGCGGUUAUAAAGAUCCCCGGGGAUUGGCUUUCAUAUGUGGAUGCCGCUGCAAUGCCAGUGACGUAUGGCACGGCUUGGCUAACACUCAAUCGGAUUGCACGACUCCAGCGAGGGGAGUCAGUGCUGAUCCAUUCCGGCGCUGGGGGGACCGGACAGGCAGCAAUUCGAAUUGCCCACGAGAGCAAAAAGCAGUUUCUGAUGGAUCAGUGCCAUAUUCCUAGCGAACACAUCUUCUCAAGUCGAAACACGCUGUUUGCGAAGGGUAUCCGGCGUCUGACCGGCAACAAAGGCGUGGACGUCGUGUUGAACUCAUUGGCAUCCGACGAGUUAAUUGCCUCGUGGGAAUCGAUCGCACCCUACGGUCGUUUUGUGGAGAUCGGUAAAAACGAUAUCCUUUCCAAUUCAAAGCUUCCGAUGGGACAGUUUGAAAAAAAUGUCAGCUUCUCGGCGUUUGAUCUAGCCGCGAUGAGCGUGGACCGGCCGCAGCUAGUCAUUUCUGCCUUGGGGGAGGUACUUGAUCUCAUAAAGGAGGGAAAACUUCCAGUUCCUCAGUCUGCACAGGUUUAUAAAGUGGGUGAUAUUGAGCAAGCAUUUCGGCAGAUGCAAGGCGGGAAGAAUAUGGGCAAGGCAGUGAUAGAAUUGAGAGACGAUGAUCAGGUAGAGGCUGUUAUGGACACCAAGCCAACAUACGCCUUUGAUCCCAAUGCAACCUACGUGAUUGCCGGUGGUCUAGGUGGUCUUGGCCGGAGCAUCGCGCGAUGGUUGGUCGACCGCGGAGCCUGUAAUCUGAUCCUACUUUCUCGAUCGGGUGAGAACAACCCAUAUGCCAGGGACUUUGUGGCCGGAUUGAGGGAACAAGGCGCAAAUGCAGUCACUCCCGCAUGUGAUAUCGCAGAUCGUGCAUCUCUGACAGCUGUACUGGAUUCUUGCGCCGCCCACAUGCCGCCAAUCAAAGGAUGUAUCCAGGCAUCAAUGGUUGUUAGCAACUCUCAUUUCGAGCAAUUAACGCUCGACUCCUGGCGGGCCUCCACAGCGCCCAAAGCCCAAGGUUCAUGGAACCUGCACGAACUGCUGCCACAAGGCCUUGACUUCUUCGUCCUCAUGUCCUCCGUCGCAGGUAUCACCGGGGCGCGGGGGGAAUCCGGCUACGCAUCAGGGAAUACAUUCAAAGACGGUCUUGCGCGAUACCGAAUUGGAAUCGGCGAGAAAGCAAUCUCACUAGACCUGGGCCUAUUCCUCUCAGCAGGAUUCUUCAAAGAAAACGAAGAAGCCCGCAAAAGGUUCCUAGCGAACUCAGUUCUGCACCCCAUCACGGAGUCAGACCUACACGCCCUACUCGACAUAUACUGCAAUCCAAACCUCACACACAUCCCCAUCGAAAAGAGCCAAGCCGUUGUCGGCAUCCAGCCAAAAGUCCGCGAAAUGGGCAUGAACACAACCGAAUGGAUGCAGCGGCCCUUCUUCCGGCACCUGGCAGCACACGGAUCAUCGUCAUCUAGCGCGACAAGUCCCUCCAACAGCACCAACUUCGCUUCUGUAUUCGCAACCGCGAAGUCGCUCGACGAAGUAACAGCCAUCCUAAAGCAGGAGAUGCGAUCCAAGCUCUCACGCAUGCUGUCCGUAUCUGGCGACGAGAUCGACCUCGACAAGCCUAUCCACCAGUACGGCGUGGACUCUUUAGCCGCCGUAGAGCUGCGGAAUUGGUUCGGGCGCGAGUUGCGCGCGGAUAUCGCGAUUUUCGAUAUCCUGGGCGGAGCUAGCAUUGCGUCUGUUGUGGCGCUGGCUGUGGGGAAGAGCGAUUACCGUCGGGGUUGA